CUUGUUGUUAAUAAGACGACCACCAAAUCCCUGAAUCUGAUCGAGAGCCCUCCGUACCAGAACCACUUUCCGUAUUCCUCGUCGUUUCCCUUUCGCUUUCGAUCUCGGAAGCCCUAAUCGAUCCGGCCAUGGGCGGCGAUGGAAUGGUGGACGGCCACUUCGUCUUCACCUACGGCACGCUCAAGCGCGGCUUCUCCAACCACGGCCUCAUCCAAGAGCUGGUCCGAGCCGGCGACGCUUCCUUCGUCGGCGACGCCCGCACCACCUGCCGCCUCCCCCUCGUCUGCGGUCCCUACCGCGUCCCUUUCCUCCUCAACCUCCCCGGCGCAGGCGAGCGCGUCGCCGGCGAGAUCUACGCUGUCUCGCCGCGCGGGCUCGCCCGGAUGGACGAGCUCGAGGGCACCCGCCGCGGCCACUACGAGCGCCUCCCCAUCUCCGUCGUCCUCCUCGGCGAUCCUGGAAGCCAGCUGGUGGAAGUUGCCGCGGAAGCGUAUUAUGCGAACCCGAGUUACGCCGGCGAGCUGUGGCGCCGCAACGGCGAGAGGGGUUACAGUGUGUACUCGGAGCGGGAGGCGACGGGGUAUGUGAAGCGGAAGGAUCGCCCCCAGGACAUUACCUUCCUCGAGCAGAUCCGCCUCUUCGUCGCCUCGCUCCAAUCUUAGAUCAGAGCGUCCACUCUUCCUCCUCUUUCAUUAGUCCCUGAUUUUUGUCAUUUUUCUGUUCCUCUUCUUCGUCGGUGCCUCUUCUUUCGUGAUGGCAACUACAAGUCCGUAGAGCGUUAUGAUCUGUAAACACUCCCUUCGUAUUUGGUCAAGCAAUUUGAAUUUCCUAGGCUCCUAUCUUCCUUCAAGCAGAGAUUGAAGAAUUUGGGUAGUGAUUCGUUGUUGGAUUCAGGAAUCCCUUGUCCUUUUCUGUGCAUCAUUCAUUCAUUCUCCCAAUGGAUUCAACUAACCUGUCCUUUUCAUA